CCUACUUCACAGUCUCACCGAAGUGUGAGUGCUCCUCCUUGGCUCCUGCUGACUGCGCCGCGCCCCCGUCUCUGCUGUGGAGCCCGAGUCCCGGUGUCUGUCUGCGCUAACCUCUCGCCUGCAGUCUGAAAGAAGGGGCAACGACUAACUAAGCGACUCCAUAGUCUCAUCACAGUGGGGACUCUGUCUUACACAGGUCGCUGGGGAAACGACACUGACAGUAAACAAACCAGUCGCUCGCUACCAGCUCCUGGUUAAUGCGCCUGGAGUAACUGUCACUGAAGCCUACGGCAUAUAGACAUAUGAGCAUGGCUCCUAAAAAGAGACCAGUUCCCCUAACCAUUGCUCCUACUGGUGAUGGAUUAUCCACCUCUGCCAGCACAGAUGUUGCAUCAGAAGCCAGUUUGGAAGCACUUAAAAAAAUUCUGGAGGAGUUGGACCUGGACGAACAGCAAAAGAAGCGGUUAGAAGCUUUUCUUACGCAGAAGGCCAAGGUGGGCGAGUUGAGGGAUGACGACUUUCAUCGUAUCUGCGAGCUUGGGGCAGGCAACGGAGGAGUCGUCAAUAAGGAGUGUCACAGACCGUCAGGAAUAAUCAUGGCCAGAAAGCUUAUUCAUCUAGAAAUUAAACCUGCCUUCAGAAACCAGAUCAUCAGAGAGCUUCAGGUGCUUCACGAAUGCAACUCUCCCUACAUUGUGGGCUUCUAUGGAGCAUUUUACAACGAUGGCGAAAUCAGCAUCUGCAUGGAACACAUGGACGGUGGCUCCCUGGAUCAAGUACUAAAAGAAGCAAGGAGGAUCCCCGAAGAGAUUCUUGGCAAAGUCAGCAUUGCUGUUUUAAGAGGACUUGCCUACCUGAGAGAAAAGCAUCAAAUAAUGCAUAGAGAUGUGAAGCCUUCAAACAUACUGGUCAAUUCGCGUGGAGAGAUCAAGUUGUGUGACUUUGGUGUAAGCGGGCAGCUCAUAGACUCUAUGGCCAAUUCCUUUGUUGGAACAAGAUCCUAUAUGUCGCCUGAGAGAUUGCAGGGAACCCACUACUCUGUGCAGUCAGAUGUGUGGAGUAUGGGGCUGUCCCUUGUGGAGCUGUCAAUUGGACGCUUCCCCAUCCCUCCCCCAGACGCUAGAGAACUGGAGAUCAUCUUUGGACGCCCCAUUUUGGACGCCAUUGAAGGAGAGAGACACGGUACUUCACCCAGGCCCAGACAGCCUGGUAGACCUGUCAGUGGUCAUGGUCCUGCAAUGGCCAUCUUUGAACUCCUAGACUACAUAGUAAAUGAGCCGCCACCUAACCUACCACAUGGUGUAUUCACCUCUGAUUUCCAAGACUUUGUAACAAAGUGUCUCAUUAAGAAUCCAGCAGAAAGAGCAGACUUGAAAAUGUUAACCAACCAUACAUUCAUCAAGAGGUCAGAGGCAGAGGAGGUAGAUUUUGCUGGCUGGCUUUGUAGAACCAUGGGGCUGAAUCAGCCAAGCACUCCCACACGCACUGCUGACUAAAUAGACAUUCACAGUAGGUAAAAACUUGGGGAAGCUGCUGCCUGAAACUUUACACUCCUCAAAAGGCGUUUUGUUUCCCACAUCCUCGCUCAGGUGUGAACCCAUAAAGGGGCAAGAUAUGAAAACUGUUUGACUUAAGAUUGUUGGCGUCUAAAUCAGUUGAUCUCAUAUCAGGGUUUUGUUAAACAUGUUCAAAUUUGCUACAAAAUGAGCCCUGACUCUUUUGUUGCCAACAUGGAAAACAGUAUUCUUUGAGUUAAAAAUUAGGAUUUGUCUAAAAAUCUAAAACCUUCCUUUCAUAAUUGGAGGUCUAUUAAAUAUAAUCUCUUAUUGAGCCAUGUCAACUCUUAUACUGAAAUUCCUUCAUGAAUUGUGUUGAUGCAUUGCCAUUGAACGCGGAGCAUUGCUGAAGCAUUUGUUUUUUGUGUAGCUGUCCAUUAGGCUUUUGUUAAUCUACACCCACACUGCAGUCACACAGACUGUUCAUGCUGAGGCCAAACUGGAGAAGAUACGUCUCAAACAAAGAGAAAUCCAAUAGCUUGAUUUUGGAGUUUUAUUUUCAGCUUUGUUUCUUUUUUUCUGACUAGGUGAUUAUGUCUAGUGCGUUUCAUCUAUUGAUGUAAUUUAUUUCUAUAUAUUAUUGAGGCGAUCACAGUGUUGAAGAACAUUUUAGCAUGACCCUCGUAUAAAACCACAAAUAAAAAUGUUUCAACCUUUAA